GAGACUGGGUUCUAUUUAACAUAUAAUGCAUCGUUUACUUCAUACAAUGAUAAAAUAUAUAUUUUUUUAAUUUAUAUAUUUGUCUAUUUUAUAUACGUGUUUCUUUAUUUUAAUUAUGUGUAGUGUUCCACCAAAGUUUUUCCAAGUUUGUCGCCUUUGUCUAAUGUUAAUAGAGGAACAUGAUAUAUCAGCACAUCGAAUUUACAGUACAAAUAGUGUACCAAAUGAUUAUAGUAAUGAAUGUAAAUGCAACAAAAAAUUAGACAAUGGCAAGUGCUGCAAAAGAGCUCGUAAAUGCCGCAGCUGUGAUAAAUAUCGAAAUAAACAAAAUUUAAAAAACUCGAUUCCAACCAUACUUCAUUCGACGCUACCGCGAGUGCCUUUGUCAAUUAACCCGUUGCAAACUUAUUCUUUAAACAUACAAUAUGAUGAUGAAUACUCAGAUAAUUUAAAUGAAUUAGAUAUUUGUAAACAAUCUUUGCCCGUAUUUAAUCCGUCUUCUGGCAUUAGUGACGAUUUUAAUGAAUCAAUGCAAAAUCAUUCAUGUCAUUUUAAUAAAAACAUUAGUGAUGGCCCUAAGCAGUUCUGUUUAGAUGAUUCAUCAGCAAACAUUGUAAUACAAAUCUUAAAGUGCCUGUCUUUAGAAAUUUUACCAACCGAUGGCUUGCCAGCUUUAGUCUGUUGCAACUGUAAGUUAUUCUUACAAACAUUCUGGAACUUUAGGAAGAUGGCUCACAAAACAAACGCAGCGCUUAAUGAUUUUUUAAAACUCUGCAACUCUACAGAUAAGAUUGUAUUUGCAACAGUUUAA